UAGGGAGCGCGCCUGCCGUGACGUCACUUCCGCUCCGGGCCUGCCAGCUGGGAACCGGAGAAACAACAACAAUAACAGUAGUGCACACUCUGUCUAGGGUUAUAGGAUCUGCUCUCUGCCAUGUACACCUGGAACCUGCAUCGUCUCUGAACACUGUCUUCUUCUCCUCAGAACCUCAGGCCUUCUGACCAGAAAGUGCUCAUCUCUUUCCAGAUACAACCCCUGACUGUUCAGCAAUGACCAGCUCCCCAGUGUCUCGUGUAGUGUACAACGGGAAGCGGCCCACGAGCAGCACGCGCUCUCCCAGCAGCAGUGAGAUAUUUACCCCAGCUCAUGAGGAGAACGUGCGUUUUAUUUACGAAGCGUGGCAAUCUGUGGAGCGGGACCUAAGAAACCAAGUAUCUGGUGUGGACCGAGGACUUGUGGAAGAAUAUGUGGAGAAGCAGCCAAGCAACAACUUGAAAUCUUUUAAGCCAGUUGAUCUCAAUGAUCUGAAGAGACGAAGCACACAAGACCCGAAAAAGUCAUAAUUCCUUUUUUUCCCUGCGGCUGAUUGUUCGUUCCACUGGCUCAGUUUGGACUCAACAUUCAUUCUCUUCCAUAAAAAUGAAUCGAUGACAUUAAAGGACAACUUUGGGACUGUACUGUGUGGACUUAGCAGAGUUGUCCUUCUCUUGAUCCCCCCCCCCCCCCCCCCCCCCCCUUAAACCCCCGAACCCUUUCCGUUGACAUGUAUGUUCUUCCCUUUACCCCUCCAAGCAUCUGAUGCCCACGUUCUGGUGGAUCGUUGCAAACCAUUUUGAGGAACUGAUUUUGCAGGCGGUAUGUAGUAAUGCUGUUUUGCAUUGUGCUAUACCUGGGUUACUACUCACCCCUACACCAUGCCCUGCAAGAUCGUCAGGCUAUUAAAUGGCUUCUAUCACAGUGUCCGGCUUUUGUCUGCAGUAUCGUCCACUAGAUGUGGUCUUCCCACAAAAUCCCGGUGGCACCAGACACCAGUGGAGUUCUACAAGUGUGUUGACUUGACAGUGCUUCAUUAUGCUCUUUUAUAAUUGUUCUGUUCAUUUUCUCUUUUCUACCUGUUCAAAUGGCCAAAUAAACCUGGUAACUUAGGUCAUGGCUGUUUAACCCCUCAGAUGCCUGGCAGCCACAGCAUGUAAGGGGUGAGAAAGAGAGUGGGUCUCCUUCUGUCACUCCAUUGGAGACCCAUACCAAGAUACUUGAUUAUUGGCAGCACAUUGGCCUGUGUAAUGUGGAUGUGCUGCCCAUAACCAAUAGAAGUGAAUGCAGUCUGCCAAGUGUAACAGGCCGAAACAAACGAGCACCGAUCGGCAUACUUACACCUGAUCAGGCGGUGUAAUGCUACCCAAGUCUAAGGCCACUUUCACACAGUCAGCAUUUUUCAACACUAUUUGUAAGCCAAAACCAGGAGUGGAGCCUCCAGAGCAAAAAAUAUAAUGUAAAGAUUUGUAUCUUUUCUGUGGUCUGGACCCACUCCGAGUUUUGGCUUACAAAUACUGAUGCAAAAUACUGACCUUGUGAAGGUGGCCUAAGGGAGAAGAGAGGCGAUAAAUGAUUUCUGUUGCUACUUUAAAAGGUUUGUGCCAAGUUUGGAAGGUAUCCACAGUAUAGGGGAAAAUUAGCUGAUCACUGGGGCUCCAAACACUGGUACCUCCACUGAUCCCAAGAACGGGGGUCCGUCCCGUUCACCCCAAUGUGAUGGAGCAGCAGGCCAAGCAUGUGCUGUGCCACUCUACUCAUUCUCUAUGGGAGCACCAGAGAUAGAGAAAAGAGACAAUGCAACAGCACCCUGCAUACCAGAUAAAGUACAAUAAUGCCAUAGUCACAAAAAAUAUUCAAGUGCUAAUGCUACGCCUAUUUAUAAAGUGA